GGGACCGGCGCGGCCGAGCGGGACCCCGGGGCGCCCAUGACGGCGGCGGCGGCGGCGGCGGUGCUCCGGGAGGGCGUGCUGGAGAAGCGCAGCGGCGGGCUGCUGCAGCUGUGGAAGCGGAAGCGCUGCGUGCUCACCGAGCGCGGGCUGCAGCUCUUCGAGGCCAAGGGCACGGGCGGCCGGCCCAAGGAGCUCAGCUUCGCGCGCAUCAAGGCCGUGGAGUGCGUGGAGAGCACCGGCCGCCACAUCUACUUCACGCUGGUGACCGAGGGCGGCGGCGAGAUCGACUUCCGCUGCCCGCUCGAGGACCCGGGCUGGAACGCCCAGAUCACCCUGGGCCUGGUCAAGUUCAAGAACCAGCAGGCCAUCCAGACGGUGCGCGCCAGGCAGAGCCUCGGGCCCGGGACCCUUGUGUCCUGAGCCCGCUUCCCGGCCGCGCGCCCGCGCCGCACCCUCCCCCACGUGGCGCCCAGAGGUCAAGGCAGCUUUCCGGGCCCUGUUGGCUCUCAGGGGCAUGACUGUGCUGCAUAUGCCAAGGCAGGAGCCAGGGUCGUGUGGAGGAGGCGAUGGAGCUGAAGGAAUGGACGGGGCCUGGGGAGGAGACCAGAAGGCCACAUGGGGCUGAGGAUGAAGAUUCAGCCCCUGGAUGCUCUGACUCUCGGGACAUUCCCAGCUCAGUGCUUUGUAGCCACAGGCCUGACUUCUAUCCCGCGGUGGAGAGCCGGCAUCCGAGCAUCUCCUCCCCAGCCCCCCCGUCGUCUGUCCUGCAGACUGCUGUGAGUCCCCAGCUUGGUGGCGUGCCUGGAGGGGGACACUGCCUUGUGGGGGGCUCAGCUGGUGCCUCGGGACUCGGGAGGCCAGCCUGCGACCCAGAGUUGGAACCACCUUGGCAUCGCUUCUGGACUCACCUUGGUGGGGGGAGCUGACGGGCCCCGAGGCCCACACGUGGAGGUUCUCCUGCUGCUUGGGUCCUUCUGGGACCCCCACCCACCCAGGCCUUCUCUUUGCACAGUUCUUCCCCUACCUCCUGCCCCUCUUCCCCCCACUGUGGUGCUAGGCCUGGAGGUGGUGGGGGUAGGGUGGGGGUCUGGCCAUUAUCAUUUCAUGCCUAUCCCAAAAUGAAGAUGCCCUACAAAGGGCAGUGACUACA